AUGCGACUCCAGCGCAAGGAUUUGCGUCGUCGCCUCAUGGUGCAGUUUCACGGUGAAGGGGGCUUGGAUUAUGGAGGCUUGGCCCGCGAGUGGUUCUAUCUACUGGGCAUUGAGGUUUUUGAUCCGCGUCUCGGCAUGUUUAGUUACUGCAAUGAGCAAGACUACUUGCUGCAGAUCAACCCCUCGUCCAGUGCGGACCAGGACCAUACCCUCUUUUUCCAUUUCACGGGCCGACUGAUUGGUCUGGCCAUCCUUCACCGCCACUUUCUUGACGUGACGUUUGUCAGCAGCUUUUACAAGCAGAUACUUGGUCAAUCUAUCACGCUGGCAGACCUUCAAGAUUCGGAUCCUGACGUGCAUCGCAGCUUAAUUUGGAUCCUGGAAAAUGACGUAUCCGAAGUGCCUGACCUGACCUUUUCGACCGACGAGGACGAGCUUGGGGACAUUCGGACACACGAGCUUGUGCCAGGCGGGGCCAACAAAGCGGUGACGGAGGAAAACAAAUUUGAGUUUGCCAAGCUUAUGGUCGAAUGGAAGCUCAUCAAAAGCUCAAGUCGCCAAAUGUGUGCCCUCCUUACUGGGCUCAACGAAGUCAUUCCCAUUGAGAACUUUCGAACGUUCACCGUCAAGGAGCUGCGCUUCUUGAUCUCAGGGAGUCAUGAAUAUGACUUGGAAGACUGGAAGCGAAACACGGAAUACAAGGGCUACGAGAGCAAUGAUCAGAUCAUUGAAUGGCUGUGGGAGAUUGUUGAAGCUUGGGAUCACGAUAAUCAGGCGCGCUUCCUUCAAUUUUGCACUGGAAGCUCUCGCGUGCCCAUUGAAGGAUUCCAAGCUCUGCAAGGCUCUGAUGGACCCCGUCGCUUCUGCAUCCAGAAGCUUGAAGACUUGACACGAUUGCCAUCGGCCCACACAUGCUUCAAUCGGCUGGAUUUGCCUGAAUUUCCCGUCCGGCGCAUGCUCGAAGAGCGUUUGGCCUUGGCCCUCAAGAAUGCUCAGGGGUUCACUGGCGAUUGA